GGGGGGGGGGCUCAGUGCGUCCAUGUUGCAUUCAGGUUCCCUUCUCGUCUCGUGGUAAAAGAAACAAGAAACGUUCAGUCUGCCUCUCAACCCUUCCGUGGCCGGGGUCGGCUCCCUGCCUGGGGAGACAGAUCGACGGCCCGCUGGGGCAGCCGCUGACUGGUUUACAUCUCCCGAGUCGGAUUCUUUCACUUUCAGUGGCGUUUCGUUUGUCAAUAAGAACAUAAUGUUUGUUGGGGAGAAACUUGGUUGAGUCUUGUUUUUUUGUGUUCCGCUUCCUGACUUUAACUGUGGCCUCUUUUUGGAAGAGCGCCAGAGAUCAACCUCCAGAUGCGGAGACGCUUCUCCUCCCGGCUGCAGAGCCGUUUGUUGGCUGCUCUCUUGGCAUUUCUGUGUUGUGGUCAGUUUGGGAGCUUAGUGUUGUUUUAGUUGUUAUUUCUCGAGCCCGGUUGAAUUUCUUAUUUGCCAUGUUGUUAGUGUGAUGGUUUUGUUUAUUUAUUUGACCGUAGACCUCGGGACAGCUCUUUUUCCACUUUAGUUGGACCUGGAUGAAAUGUUUCUUCAUGGGAUAAAACGUUGUUGUUUUAAAAACCAGAUAUCUGAAGUGCACAAAUGCAGAAUAAUUUAGAGAGUCCACUUCCAGAAUACCGGUCUCCAAUGUGGCCGUGGGUCCCUAAGGCACGACCCGGGUGACCGAUGCCGGCCUUCCUGCCACAGACAAGACAUCAAGAGUGUUAACAUAUUUACAGCGUAUGGACAGAAUCCAGCUCGAGUGCAUCGGAACACUUCAACAAACACAAUCUGACAGAUGUUUAGUCUUUGAACUCAAUCUCUGAUUACAGACAUUUAAUCAACAUUGAAGGAUUAUGCUUGAACUUUAACAAAGGCCCCUAAAAAAUAUAUAUCUGAUAACUCAUAAACUCAAUCUAGGAGAGUGUGUCUUCCUCUGAACCCUCUGAAGUCCCAUGCUCCAUGACACAAGGCGAGUCCUGCUGUCACGUGACAGCCGUGCCCACACACAUCCGCCACCACUGGAAUGAAACUAGACCUUCGCUCAGUAAUCUGUGCCUCCAGACAAGAGUUAUUUAAAUGGUACACGUCAAUACGACAUCUUUCUCAAACAAAUACCUUUUACUUCACCAAAAAGUAAAUGUUGUCCUUUUCUCUGUAUGGAUAUAGAAGUGAGAGAUUAAAAACAAGUAUCAGUAGUUAUCAGAAAGUUCAAUUCAAGAAUGUCAAGUUAAAAUAAUAAGUCCAACGGUAAAGUCAUCGGCGUGUUUGCUCACGUGAGUGAGGUCGGGGAACGAUACACACAACGAAACAAUAACGACGGCAUCUCAGCAAACCACAACAACAAAAUAAGUCUUGUAUGUAAAUGGGUCAAACAUUUAGAUCCACUUGGGAUGUUACUCUAUAUUCUCCUUUCAGUCUUUUCAGAGACGUAAACAAAGGGGCAGCCAGCAGGGCAACUUUUGUUACGCAGCUCUCCUGCAUCAUAAAACAGUCUGAAAGUGUCUCUCACUCACACACACACACACACACACACUCCGAGAGGGUCAGAGCAGGGAAGGGGCGGGCGGAGGGGAACAGAUCGCUCCUCCAGUCCUGGGGUGCAUACAACCUUUUCCUCAGGAUACUUAACUGUGUGUGUGUGUGUGUGAUUAAAAAAAGGAUAUAUGCAACUGUAUGAUCCCUCAAAGAGGAAUAGACAAGCAGAAAAAUGGAAACAUACGAUUACGAGGACGAGGACUCGAGCUUCAAUGACAGCUACGAGUACGACGACGAGCACGGCGUCUGCGACAAGGAGGCGGUGCGCUCCUUCGGCAGCGUCUUCCUCCCGGCCGUCUACGCCGGGGCUCUGGUGGUGGGCCUGGCUGGGAACGCCCUGGUGGUGGCGGUCUACGCCUCGAGGCUGCGCCUACGCACCCUCACAGACGUGUGCAUCCUGAACCUCGCCGUUUCGGACCUGAUGCUCCUGCUCACGCUGCCGUUCUGGGCAGCCGAUGCCGUUCACGGCUGGCGGCUGGGUUUGGUCGCCUGCCGGCUCACCUCCUUCCUCUACAGCGCCAACUUCAGCUGCGGCAUGCUGCUGCUGGCGUGCAUCAGCGUGGACCGCUACCGCGCCGUCGCCCUCGGUCCUGCGGGCAGGACUGGACCGGGUGCCCGGGCGAGGGUCCAGUGGAUCCUGGCGUGUGUGCUGCUGUGGGCCGCCGCGAGCUUUCUCGGCCUCCCCGAGCUCAUAUUUUGCGUGGUGAAGCACUCCCACCACGGGACGGCCUGCGCGGCUCGCUACCCGUCCAGCAUGGCCCGACCGGCAAAGGCUGCCCUGGAGCUGAUGGAGGUGACCUUGAGAUUCGUGCUGCCUCUCGUGGUCAUGACGGUGUGCUACUGCCUGGUGGGGCGGACGCUGAGCCGGGCGGCCGGGGUGCGGAGAGCUCGGCGGCGGCGCGCCCUGCGCGUGCUGCUGGCGGUGGUGGGCGUCUUCCUGCUCACGCAGCUGCCCUACAACGUGGUCAAGCUGGUCCGGGCGAUGGACAUCAUGUACGGCCUGGUGAGCGACUGCGGCGUCAGCAGGGGCCUGGACCGAGCGGUCCAGGUGACAGAGAGCCUGGCGCUGGUCCACACGUGCAUCAACCCCCUCCUCUACGCCUUCAUCGGGUCGUCCUUCAGGGGACACGUCCUCAAGGCCGCCAAGCGCCUCGGACAGCGCCUUGGGAGACCCCCGAGACAUGUCCAAGAGGAGCCAGUGGAGAUCCCACUCAAGGCGUGCACUCGGACGCAGUCACAGUCGGGCUCAGGAGAACAAGUCACCAGCAGCUUCACCAUUUAAGACGGAAACUAUGAAUUUUCGCUGUAUAUCUAUGUAAAUAUAUGAACGCGUUUAGUAUCAUAAAAGACAGACGUCAACAAACCAUUAUAUUUGUAAUAAAUAAAUAUGCACAGUUUAUAAGCACUAUGUCAUUUUGUAUGAAUUAUGUAUAUUUCUAAAUAAGAGAAACAUUUUCAGUGACACGCAUCGACCAGAAUCUGUUGCAAUGAAGCACAGCUGUACAGCAAGUCACAUUCAAGCCCAAAGUCUGCAUCUCAUUGUUUGACCUCCCGGGGCUCUGGGUUGGGAUCCACAGUGGGCGAGCCGUUAACUUGAAAAACAUUUAGAACUAGAAUGGGCACUCGGUAGAGCGCAUAGCUUCGCAUAUCACAAGAUUGGGCAUUGAAUUAUGAAAAUGUUGGCAUUAGUUGCAUGCAAAUUGGAUAAGAAUUGACCGUGCUAUGGUAAAAAGAAGAUUUUGACCUAUCCUUGACCUUGACCUUUGA